AUGGCUCCAACGCUCGGUAGCACUGCCAGCACGGAGACUACACCGACGCCCAGCCCUUCGCUGAGCGGCUACCGGCCGUCUCUGCCUGCCGGGAAGGAGCUGUCGAAGCUGGACCACAUUAUGCAGCAAGCGAAGGAAGUCCAGGACCAGCUACUCGCCGGCGUGCGCAUGGCUUCCCAGAGCACGCGGCCCGUAUCGCCUCCUGCGACCAUGUGCCUCGCUGAACCUGUGGCCGUGGCAAGCCCAGCCGCAGGUCGAAGCCUCGAGCCCGGAGUGGGCUCCUUGAAAGUUCAGGAAAGCCGCAGCACCAGUGUCGGCUCCCGGCACGCUGCUGCUCCGUGCAGUUUUUCCACCUCGACGAGAAGGGUGGACGACCAGGGCACGGAUCGUGGACGUGGUGCUGUGCGGCCGAAAACGGUUUCCGCAAGGCGGGCGGCAGAAGAACUGCUGGAGUCCGUGCGGCGGCGUGCCCUGGAGGCGGAGGUGGACCGGCUGCGCUCCGAGCUGGCCUCCACGGAGGCCGCGAAGCAGCGGCUCCAGGCUGACGAGGCCGCGGAGGCAGAAGCCGGGGCGGAGGCAGCGAGGCUGCUUCGCGAGGCCCGCCUGGAGGUGACACGCCUCAAGGCAGCAUUGCAGAGGCAGACAGGCAACGACAAGCUCAUGAAGGAGGCGAACGCGCAGCAUGUGGCCCUGCAGCAGGAGCUCCGGAGCACCCAGGCCGAGGCUGCGCGUCGCGGUGAGGAGAUGCGGCGAGCAGAGGCUCAGCAGCGCGAGCUUCAAAAAGAGCGUGAUGAGGAAAGGAGGCUGCGGCUGGAAGGAGAAAAGAGGCUCGGGCAACUCCAAGGGAGCCAGCAGCGGCUCGAGGAGGCCGAAGCACUUCGAAAAGAAGCUGAAAAGCUGCUGGCAGACCGAAAAGAGGAUCUGCGGCAGCUGCAGGAAUUGUUGCAGACAGAGCAGUCUGCUCGUUUGGCCUCCGACCAACGCUGCAGCCAGACCGAGGACCAGAGUCGUCGCAGAUCCGACGAGCAAGAGCAGCUCCGAAGCCAAAGUGCAGAGAUGCUCCGGCGCGAGAAGCAGGAGAAGCGGCGGCAUGAGGAGGCCUACGAGGAAGCGAGGAACGCGCAGAGGGACGCUGAGGAGCAGUGCAGGGCCUUGAAGGCGGAUCUAGCACAAUGUCGGAGCGAGCUGGAUGCCGCGACAGAGGAGCUGGAGCGCAGCAAAGCCGAAGGCGACAGCCUCCAGGCACGCCAGCGGCUGUCCGCUGAACAGCAGGAGGGAAGGUGGAAGGACGAAGCUGCUAAGCGGCUGGAGUCUGAGCGGAGGGUGACUUCGCUCCAAGCCAGCUUGGAUGAGUUGAGCAGGGAGAAGGCAAACUUGGAGGCGCAGGUGCGAGACCUCCAAGCGAAGCUUGCAUUGCAAAGCUCAAGAGCCGAGCAUCUGCAAGAGGAGUUGCGGCAGCUUCAAGAAACCGAGGAGACUUGGCUGCAGGAGCGAGCAAGCCUGAAAACACAGCUAACCAGCCAAAGUGCUGAGCUGGAGAUGAACGGAUCCGCGCUUGGAGGGCUUCAGCAGCGACUUGACACGGAGACCCGUCUCGUGCAGCAGAGGGAGGAAGAGGAGCGCAGUCUGCGCGAGAGUUUGCAGCGAGCACAAGCUGACUUGGCUUCCGAGCGAAAGGCAGUGCAGGAGGAGAAGCGUCUGGCCCGGCAGAAAGUGGAAGAGGAGCGCACGCUGCGAGAAAGUCUGCAGCAAGUAGAGGCUGACUUGGCAUCUGCUAAAAAGCAGUUGCUGGAGGAGAAGCGCCUCGUGCAGCAGAAGAUGGAGGAGGAGAGCCGGCUCCGUGAGGGGCUCCAGCGGCUCGAAAACGAGCUGUCGGCAGCCCAGCAGUCUCUCCAGCAGGAGAAGCAGCUGUCCCGCCAAGCGCUGGAGGAGGAGCGCCGGAAACAUCGGCUCCAGCAGGUGGAUGUGGCGUCUGAACGAGAUGCCUUCAGGAGCCAGCUUGAGGAGAAGACGUCACUCUUUCGCAGCGCCGAGGAGGACAGGAGCACCCUGCGAGUCCAACUUCUGGAGGCCAAGAAACAGGCGGAAGCCAAUGCCCGCAUGUCCCUGGAGCAGGUGCAGACCCAGCUGCAGGAGGCGGAUGAACGUGUCGCGGCCCUGGAGAAAGAGCGUGACAUGUUCAAGUCCGACGUCGAACAUCUGCGAUCGUCCCUGCGGGAACGACGCAAUGCAGAGAGCAGUCUGCGAGCAGCUCUUCAGGCAGUGAAAAGAAUGCUCGGCAUGCGGCUGUGGACGUGA